AUGGCUGAGCUUGGCUCCAUCCUUCCCAUCGCUGGUGCUCAAUAUCAUUGGACCCAUAUCCUCGCUCCCGAUAACUCAAGGAAGUUCAUCACUUGGAUGCAAGGAUGGGUCACUUGGUUCGCCUGGGUAUCAGCGCUCGCCGGAAGUACGAGUGGUGAGGCUGCUAUCCUCCAGGGCCUAAUCGCAGCAAACUUCCCCGGGUAUACUCCCGAGAGAUGGCACCUCACUCUUAUCAUGUGGGCCCUUCUCGUCAGUGUCGGCUUGAUAAAUACGUAUACUUUUUGGAUCAUCCCUUGGCUCGAGUUGACCGCUGGUAUCUUACAUGUCAUUCUGUUUAUUAUCUUCGUCGUCGUUCUGGUCACACUUUCUCCGAGACACGACGCCGAUUUCGUCUUCUUCCGAGAAUCUAUACUAUCAGGAUGGGAGCGUAGUAGUUUCGUGGCAUUUAAUCUAGGAAUGCUUGUUCCAGCUUGGGGUUUCAUUGGAUUCGACGGCGUCGUACACAUGUCUGAGGAAGUCCGCAAAGCGAAACACGCAGUGCCACGAUCCAUGAUCCUGACCAUCAUCAUCAAUGGGGCUAUGGCCUUCGCCAUCAUUCUAGCUAUCCUCUACACCAUGGGUGAUCCCGAUGGAGUUUUGGACGCUUACUACCCAAUCAUUCCGAUCUGCCUCAACGCCACUGGCUCCAUGGCUGCCGCAAAUGCCAUGGUUUCUGGACUAAUUAUCGUCACCUAUUGCGUGGUGGCCGCUUCGGUAGCUUCAGUCUCCCGAAUCACCUGGGCGUGGGCUCGUGAUGGUGCACUGCCUAAACAGCUUGCAAUCAUCUCCCCAAGACACCACGUCCCCAUCAAUGCUCUCUGGGUUCCCAUCAUCAUCGUGAUGCUCCUCUCCCUCCUGAACAUCGGCUCCACCGCCGCGACAGCCUUCUCGGCAUUCCAGUCUCUCUCCUCCCUCGGCCUGUACUCCUCCUACAUCAUUGCCAUCUCCUGCAUUCUGCACGCACGCUGGAGCGGCCGACUGAGCGAUAAACCCGGCGCGGCGGUCCCCUUCGGUGGAUGGCGUAUGUGGAAAGGAUUCGGUGCGCCGAUGAACAUUAUCGCGCUUUGCUGGACGAUUUAUAUCACGAUUUGGUUGCCCUUCCCCACGACUCUUCCGGUUGUGGGCACGAAUAUGAACUACGCCUUGCCGAUCUACUCGUUUGUGGUACUUGCUGCGUUUGGGUAUUGGUUUGCUUGGGGUAAGAAGCAUUGGCCUGGAUUGAAUAUGGCCGCCAUCGGCAUGGUUGAGGCUCACGACUAG